AUGGCCGACAACUAUCGCCGCCAAACGCGACCGUCAUCGAGACGAGAAGUGCUUGGACCCGGCGAGUCUCGCGCCAACAUCGACUCAACUGCGCGAAGAAGCACACGAUCCUCGAAAGCACCGGAAGUGUCUUCGCCCACCUCAAUCCCCCACAACCAGUCACUCGUUGCCAAUGGUACUCUAGAUGUACGCACAAGCAGUCCUGCAGCCUCAUCAACGCACCAGACGCACCUUUCGUCUGCUGCUCCCGAAUCCCAACGAGCUAGCAAACGCUAUUCAGAGAUAUCAAACUGUACGACCGCUUCCGGAUCGGGUCGCAAGAGCUUCGUGGGGCGAUGGCAACUCGGAAAGACAAUCGGCCAAGGUGGCUGCUCUACUGUACGCUUGGUUAGACACAAGGACACCGGUCAGAUCGGUGCCGCAAAGAUCAUCUCGAGAAAGAUGGCCGAAACGGUUCGUGCUCAGAGUCUCCUGCGCGAGAUUGCCAUCAUGAAGCUACUUGAUCAUCCCAACAUUGUUCGCCUGUAUGACGUCUGGGAGAACCACAAUGAGCUCUAUCUCAUCAUGGAAUACGUCGAGGGUGGAGAGCUGUUUCACUACAUCGAAGAGUGUCGCGGUCUCGGAGAAGGAGAGAGUGUCUACAUCUUCCGCCAGAUUGUUGCCGCUCUACUUUACUGUCACCGUAUGCACAUCCACCACAGAGACCUCAAGCCAGAAAACAUCCUGCUUGACCGUGAGAAUAUCCAAGUCAAGCUGGUUGACUUUGGUAUGGCCGCUUUACAGCCAGAGGGUAAGAAGUUGACAACGGCCUGCGGUAGCCCUCACUACGCUGCACCCGAAGUCAUCAAGAGUAGACCGUACGAUGGCGCACGAGCAGACGUAUGGAGUUGCGGUGUCAUUCUGUACGUCAUGCUCACUGGAAUGACUCCUUUCAACUACGACCAGGAUCGAAACCUCGGAGUCAUGUACAGAGCCAUCGCUGAGGCCGACUACUACAUGCCACCUGAACUCAGUCGCGAUGCUCAAGAUCUGCUGCGUAGAAUCUUCGUUCCGGAUCCUCGUCGUCGAAUUACCAUGGAACAGAUUUGGGAGCAUCCUCUGCUGCACAAGUUCGACGAGGAGUGGGGAUACACGGGACCCCUUGCGAACAAGGAGGCUUGGGUUGGUCCGUCACCUAUUCUCGAAGACUGGACCGUGACACGUGAAGACGAGGUUGACAAGGAAAUACUUCGUAACAUGCGUACCCUGUGGCACAGCGUGCCUCAAUCGGUCCUCGUCAAGAAGCUCGUCAGCAACGAGCCGAACCAGGAGAAGCUCUUCUAUGCCGCUCUUUUGAAACAUCGCGAAGAGAAUAUGGAGAACUACCUCGGUGGCGCUGAUGCCAUCAGCUAUUCUGCCAGCGACUACCAACAUAACACGAACGAGCUCAAGGAUCAACCCCCGAUGCCCAACCAAAAGCAGCACUCGCAGUCUCAAUACUCCAUCAUGAAUGAUGAGCAUCUUCGCACCCCACAACCUGAUCAGAAUUUGCCAUCGGAUGGUAGCUAUGAUCCUUACCGAUCAUCCCGUUACCAAACUACACCCAAUGGGACGCCGUACACAAAGGUUACCGUGCAUCGUAGAGGCGAGAGUAAUGGUAGCCGCAAGGCUUACAUGCAGCACACCUUGCGCCACCCCAAUGCACUUCGUGUUGAGAUGCUGAAAAAGAAUGGUCUCUCAAAUUCCAGUUCCAGUCUGGUAAAGCAAGAGUACAGGAAAUCCAUGACACGCUCAUUGUCUAAAGCAUCAACAUCACGCAACUCGGUCGUGAGUUCUGUCUGGCCUAGCAGCCCACCUGUUAUGCCGAGAACAGUCAGCUCCCACAAACAUAAGAGAAAGGUCAGCUUUUCUCAUCAUCGUAAGAGCUCGCAAGCCGCAGUCAGCACCAGCGCUCGUUUCACCCCAGAGCUCCAAGCCAAAGCCAGAUUCUCUCAAUUCAUGCACGGAAGUCCUACUCCUGAUGCAAACAGCCCUUCUUGUCGUGUAGACAAUGCAAUUAGAUCUAGAAAGGAAAAGUCGGUCACACCUGCUCCUCGUACGCGACCUCGCAAGAAUUCAACCGGCGCAGCCAAGACAGAUAUUCGCAAGGCCAGUAGCGAGCUCGAACAGGCUUGCGAAGAGGCUUUCAAUCGUUGUUCUUUCAGCUCAAGCGUAUUUACAACGGCAUCGGGAACCGAAAAGGCUGGCUACGAGACUCCUCCAUCAUCCGUGUCUAAGAGGGAUUCUGGUAGCUCAAUCAAGGAACACGCCGCACCUCGCCCUCUACCUGCUCUUCCAUCCGACACUCCAAACACCUUUAUCACCCGCACACUCGAAGAAACACGGCACAAGCUUGCAGCACGCAGUGCAUCUGAAGGAAACGAUGGCUCUGCCAAGAUUGAACAAGUCCUCGCCAAUCUCGAUAGAAUCAUGCCGGGCGAUAAGCGUACCGUUUCGGCUCCUGAUCACCAUGUCAUGGACAACAGAGCACUUCUGCCAAUCAUAAGCGAGGAAGGCAGACCUGAGGGCUCUCAAGGACGACCAAACACAGCUCAUAGAUACAGGUCUGUCACAGCUCCAAUGCCAGAAAGAACAGUUCGUAUGGUUCAGCCUUCAUCCCCGGCCACACCCAAGAGCCCAUACAAUUGGCGUUCUGUCGAGGAGCCAGCCUCGAAUGUCUCUCAGCACACUGUCAUUGACAAGUCUCGUCUCACUGUACCCACUGCCGAUCCCCGUAUGGUUCGCAAGAAGAGCAGCGAUAGCGACAUACCGUUGAGCCAAAUCUCUACGCAAACGUCUCACGAGGGCGCAGUCAAGAAGAAGUCCUCUUGGUUCCGCAAGUGGAAGGAGCCCUCUGUCGUUGAUGACAACCAAGUUCGUCCACGCUCACCCAUGCCUUGGAACGAGACUGCUGGUCAGACUGGCAAGCCUAGUGUCCUCAACCGGGACAACCGACCGCCUCAUCUGGACCUGACCAGCGCCCAAGUACCUGCGCCCAAGUCUUCUUCAAGCAUGUCUCCUCCAUCUGCCGCAAUGGUCACUGGUCCGCUCAGUCCCUUUUCAACAGGACCAUUGUCACCUCUACCUCCAACCACUCCUACCUCAGCUGGUGGCGAUAACGCAACACGUUCUUGGUUCUCUCGUUUCCUCCGUCUGCGACCCGAAGUUCGCACUCUGGCAUUCAAUGUUCCACGUACCCGAGCAAGAACAGAGUUGGUACGUAUGUUGCGCGAAUGGCAACGACACGGUAUCAAGGACUUGACCUACUUCCCUCAAGACAACGCAAUCACCGCCAGCAUCGAUAAGGUCAACUCUUUAGGCAUCAAGCCAGUUACUUUCAGAAUUGAGUUGUUUGUUGUGCUCAAGAAUGGCAGGAAAGCUGGCCUUUCAUUGGCGAGAUGUUCGCAAAUGCGUGGAGCAGCCAGUUCAUUCCGCAAAGUCGUCGAAGUCUUGGAGCAAGUCGGCAGAGAUCGCGGUCUGCUGAUUGAAGACGAAAGCCAAUGGGAAGAGCUUUGUGGUAUUCUGGCCUGA